AUGUCGCCCUUCUUCACCCUGCCCCCGGAGCUUCAUAUCUUGAUUGCCGACUUUUUAUCUAUCUACGACCUCCUUGCACUCAGGCUGACCUGUGCAUACUUGCGCGAUCUCAUCCCUCAGCCGUCGCACGACCGGCUGCUCCUGGCCGAGUCUGCUGACUGGGCCCGCGACCGGGAUCUCUACACCUGUCGUUACUGCCUAAGACUACGUCCGGCAUCUUAUUUUGCCGAUCGGAUGCUGCGACGACGAAGAUGUCGUGCGGGACGUGAUAGUGGCAAGCGGUUUUGUAUUGAAUGUGGUCUGAAACCCCGCGAGGGUACCGCGCGGUAUGGUGCCGGGGCCCAGAUCACCAUUCAGGGAACCUUGUUCGUACUGUGUCUUUCCUGCCAGCGCUUUCAGCUUGGUGCACGCGACCGUCUAGGCACAAUACCUCGGAAUGCGUGUCCUGCUGGCAGGGGCAUACCGCGCCAGGGAAGACUCCCACCCAGCCUUACGAGACCAUGUUUGAUUGAUCAAACGUCGCAGAGUAUGCACGCAUGCUCCCGGAAAGCCACCCCGGCGAAACCGAAAUACCAAAAGUGGCAUGCAAAGAUCGAGAAGUUGAGGGUUUCUUUGCAAAAUAUGCCCAACAAGACCUAG